AUGGAUCUCCAAGUGACAUUAUAUCUUCAAGUUGCUGGUCUUCUCUUGGAUCUUGUUCUCUUCCUUGGGUUACUACGCUCAUCCGGUGACUUCUACCGUGAUGGAACCGCCGAGAAGCCUAAUUCCGGCGGAUCCCAGUCGGAAUUCACCCCCAAAAAUCAAUUAACACAUGAAUCUCAAGAGAAAGCAUCCUUUGCAGAUGUUGUGGCAACGACUACAGUCUCUCCGGCUACUAUUUUCAGACAAGCACAGGAAGCUGUUAAAGCUAAAAAGACUUCUCACAACGGUAAGGCGGCUGUAAUCUUUAAGACCAGAGAAUACCAUGGUGUUAUGGCGGCGGAUAGCAGAAGAACCAUUGUUGGAAGUUUCUUGAGCAAUCGCCCCCAAAUUGACAAAAUUAGAUCCAAAUUCUCUGAGUUGUUCUCCCUUGAAGGUAUGGUUAAAAUUGGAGUCUUUGAUAAUUUUAAUGUCUUCUUGGAUUUCACCAAUGAAGAAGAUUUUAAUAAUACUUGGUUUAGAAGAUCUGUGGACAUCAAUGGGAUGCAAACGUGGUUACAAAAAUGGACCCCUAAUUUCAAACUAGAGGAAGAUUUACCCAUAGCCCCAGUUUGGGUACUUCUCCCUAAAUUACCUAUUCACCUACAUAAUUGGCUCUAUCUUAAACAAAUUGCUAGUGUUAUUGGUACCCCUCUGGAGUCUGAUGUCGCUACCAAAAAUAAGACUAGGCCAAGUAUGGCUAAAGGGAGAGUAGAACUAGACCUGUUGAAACCAUUGCUUGAAAGUAUUUGGAUUGGGGAUGAAGAUGAAGACUCCCCUUUGAAAGGUUUCGAGCAAAAUAUCGAAUAUGAGUUUGUGCCGAAGUACUGUAAACAUUGCAAAAAAUUGGGACACUCUGCUGCUGAAUGUAGAGUACUGGAAAGGAUCGAGCUAAGGCAAAGAUGA